AUGCACAUAGUGCAAAGCUACAAACUGUCUGAGGAGGCACUGCUGGAGGUGUUUGAAGAGCAAUCUCAGACUGCGUUGCAGAGCACUCACACCAUGUUGGAGAAGCUUCGUCGAAGCCGUCGACCAGAAAUGCGGGAGCUGCCCCCCUUGUCCGAGGGCAUCUGGCCUGUGGUCCAUGCGCUGUGCAAGAACAUCAUCCUCAGCCAAUGGUUCGAGUGCGCGAUUUCUUUGGUCAUCGUGGCAAACUCCGUGCUGAUUGGAAUCGAGAGCCAGCUGAGCCUGAGCGGCGAGGGAAUCCACUGGGCGGACCAGGCAGAGAUCGGCUUCCUGGUGAUCUACACGCUGGAAAUCGCCAUCCGUGCGACUGCGCUCCGCUGGCUGGUUUUCCGAGAUGGCUGGUUCAUUUUUGAUUUCGUGCUCGUGAUCAGCUCCUUUAUAGAACAGGCCGUGUCUUUGUCGACUGGCGGGUCGGACCAGCAGAUCAUGAUCAUGCGGCUUCUUCGCCUUUUUCGCCUUGUCCGAACAUUUAGGAUGAUCAAACAGAUUCGAUCCGUCUGGCGACUGGUCUACGGGCUCAUGAACUGCGGCGAAACAAUGCUUUCUGCCUUUGCAUUGCUGGGUCUGGUCCUCUACGUCUUUGGCGUGCUUGGGCUGAAGAUCAUCAGAGAGGACCCUGUCCUCCUUGCCAAUGUUGAAACGCGGCUCAUCCUCGAGGAUCGCUUCAGCUCACUGGGCGUGACGAUGAUGACGUUGACGCAGUUCGUGACCGUGGAUUCCAUUGCCAACAUCUAUUUGCCGAUCAUCCGGCUAAAUCCCUGGCUGAGCCUGUAUUUCACUCUGCUGAUUUUGGUGGUGUCGAUCUCACUCAUGAACUUGGUAACCGCCACGUUGGUCGAAGCUGCCCUGGAGCAUGCCCGGCAAGAAAAGGAGGAGGAGCAGAAGCUGGCGAGCAUCGCCACCAAGCACAUGCUCCCCGACAUCGUGAAUCUGUUCGACGCCGUGGAUGCAGACAGCAGCGGCGAGAUCGUGAUUGAGGAGAUUUGCCGCUUUGAGCGCGACGGGCUGGUGCCGCCAGAACUCUUGGAUCGCGCCUCGGUGGACUCCAUGAGCGAGCUGUUCCAGCAGCUUGACGUGGACUCAUCCGGCAUGGUGAAUCGUGAGGAGUUCAUCGAGGGCCUGCUGGACAUCUUCCUCCGUGAGGUGCCCAUCUACUCGUUGCAGAUGAUGAAGAUGCUCCGCCUGGUCAGGGAUGGCCAAUCCAAGAUGCAG